AUGUCAGAUAGGUAUAGACCACCAAGUGGCCCAAGAUCCACUCGAGGAUACGAGGAUCGAAGAAACCCUAACCCGUCUAGUAGUAACAACAACAACGCUAGCAGUAAUAAUAAGAAUUAUAAAUCUUCUUAUGGACAGAGGGAUACGUAUACGCCACCAUCAGGACCUAAAAGAUAUCAAGAACGUGAUAAUUACAGGCCUAGUUCGUCAGUGAAUGAAAGGAGCGACUCUUAUCAGCCAUCAAAAUUCAGGCCUUCGGGACCAUCUGGUUACAGAGGUAACGACAGAGACUUUCACUUCCGCCCUGGCUCGAAGAGACCUCAUCCAUCAGAGUCGAAGGGCUACAGAGGAGGAGAUGAUUAUAGAAAACGUCAGGACAGAGCAGACUUUAAUGGCCCAACAUCCGGUCCAUCAAGUUAUAGGGACAAAUCAAGCACAUAUAGGAAUCCAAGGUAUGAUAAUAGUUAUACACCAAAGGUGAACUUAAAAAACUUACCGAAGGGUCCAAGAUCUGGAGGCAUGAAUGACUCUAGAGGUAAACCAAGAUCAUACAUAAAAAGGGAAGAAGAGGCUGCACCAGUUCUUAAGUUGACUAGAUCGCAAAUAUAUCUGAUACGUAUAACAAGACCAUCUGAAAUUUAUAAAAGAGUUCAACAGGUGGGUGAAGGGACGUAUGGAAAAGUGUAUAAAGCUACUAAUUCUAUCAGCAAUGAAUAUGUUGCUUUGAAGAAAUUAAGAUUAGAAUCUGAACGAGAAGGCUUUCCUAUCACAGCUAUGAGGGAGAUAAAGCUCUUACAAUCAUUUGACCAUGAAAAUGUUAUUGGAUUAUUAGAAAUGAUGGUGGAACAUAAUCAAAUUUACAUGAUAUUUGAUUACAUGGAUCACGAUUUAACAGGAUUAUUGACACAUCCAGAUUUAAAGUUAACAGAAAGCCAUAGGAAAUUCAUUUUCAAACAAUUAAUGGAGGGCUUGCAUUAUUUACACAAGAAACGAGUUAUCCAUCGGGAUAUCAAAGGAUCAAACAUCUUAUUAGAUAAUAUAGGCAGAUUAAAAAUAGCGGAUUUUGGUUUAGCAAGAACGAUGAAUGUUCUUAAUGACGGAGAAAUCCCUGAUUACACUAACAGAGUUAUUACGAUUUGGUAUAGACCACCUGAAUUACUUUUAGGCUCUACAGAUUAUGGAAGAGAAGUGGAUAUUUGGGGCGUGGGUUGUCUUUUGAUUGAGUUAUAUUCUAAAAUAGCGGCAUUUCAAGGAUUUGAUGAGAUUGGCCAAUUGUAUAAGAUAUUUAAUGUAAUGGGUACCCCAACUAUAGAAGACUGGCCUGACAUGGAAAACUUACCUUGGUUUGAGAUGUUAAAGCCAAAGAUAAACAAAGCAAGCACUUUCAAAACUGAGUAUGAGUCUAUUAUGUCAGAACAAAGUUUUGACUUAGCUAUCAAAUUAUUGACAUUGAAUCCUAAGAAGAGGUUAACUGCUAGGGAAGCUUUAGAGCAUCCUUAUUUUACUGAAGAUCCAAAACCAGAACCAUUGCAUUUCUUGAAAGAUGUCAAAGGUGAAUGGCAUGAAUUUGAAACUAAAAAGAGGAGAAGAAAGGAGCGUAAAAGGUUGCAAGAUGCGAAGAAUGCGUCAUCGCAAAAUAUAACUCAACUCAAUAAUGACCUUUCAGUUGAUUCGGCACCAGAUUCAGUAGUACCACCAGAUGGACCAAAGGAUUAA